UCCAACAGGUGUAGCAAAUCUGUGCUCCAUAAGAGCCCAUGUUAGGCUAAAAACGUGUCCCUUCUGGUUAUUCUGUGAUAGAGGUUUGGUUAGGUUAGAGCGCACGCGCGUAGUACGGCCUGUUGAUCGCGGCGUCGGCGGCGCACGAUAACACUGGUCUACAUAGCUAUUAGCUAUUAUUCCGACGAAAAUCGACAGUAUUGUACCUACGAGUCGAUCCGUAUUAUCCGAUCAGCCCGCCCGCGUUUCGGUCCGCUUUAUUAUACUCAAACCACAUCCUUGCCGCGUACCCGUCCCUCUCCACCGAAACGACGCGCACAGCUUCAUUAGGUUAGGUUAGGCCGCCUUUGGCUCUUGUUCGGUAUCGAUAUUUCGUCCGAUACGCAGCCGCGUCUACGAAUCGCGAUUGAUUUCGACGCGGCCACACAACCUACAACCACGCGCUCACACUCGUUGUCACUAGUCAUCGCUUCACCUACCGUCACCGACAGCUUCAACAAAGUUUCACAUGGAGUCGAACUACAUCGGCGGUUCGUCGCGGUUGAACGACGAUUUCUCUUGGCUCCAAGUCAUAAGGUCUCCGCCUCCUAGCCGACGCGUCACGCUGGUCAGCGACGUGAUCGAAGUGGUAACGACCCAAGACCAUUUAGUCGAAAUGCUUCGUCUCCGAGAUAUCAAUCGCAGACAUCACCGCUCGGACGCCGAUCGUGGCGACCUCAUCGACUUUUGCGGCUCAGACGAGGACAACGACGGCGAUUUCAAUCAAUGUGUGCACGAGAAAAUGAACCAUUCCAUUAAUAUUUUGUUCGACAAUAAAAAACAAGUGGAGGAACUCGAAUUUGCAUUUGAUGUUAUUGAACAAUUUAUUGACAAUAUUGAUUAUGCAAAUGAUUUUGUAAAGCUUGGCGGUUUCUAUAUCUUUUUACCUUGCUUUCGUUCCGAGCAUCCAUCUGUGCGCAUCAGAACAUGCGAAUUUAUUUUUAAACUGGUUCAGAAUAAUCAAUAUUGCCAGAACAAGUUCAUGGAAAAUACAAAUUGUCUUAAACUUCAAGCAUUGAUGUAUAUGGUGGAAAACGAUAAUGAUAAUGAAGUGCGUGCCAAGGCACUAUUUGCGAUUUACAGUCUUGUUCGUAAAAACUUACCUGUGUUUUGGCAAUUCAUUGCACAUGGAGGUAAAGAUUUGAUUCUUAAUUCAUUGAAAACAACCAUUACUAAAUUGAAGUUUAAAGCGGUAUUAUUCAUUUACUCAACUAUUUGUCAUAUGGGUAAUGAAGUAGCUGGACUGUAUUUUGAUAAUGGAGUCGUUAAAAUUAUUUGCUCAAUAAUCAUGGGGAUGGAAAAAAAUGUUGAACCAUUUCAUAAUAAGUUGGUUUUAUUAACUUUGAAACAACUUAUCCGUUUGUCACCAGCCAGAGUCAAAGAAAUAUGCUCUUCGGUAGAGGAUUUUAAGGAAGCAUUGAUAUCAUUACGAGAUUCAUAUUCAAAUGAAUCAAAAUAUCAGGAGGAAAAGGAACACAUUUUGUGGUUGAUGGGAAAACUAAGAUUGUGA